AUGGCGUCUACCGAGGGCCCGGAGCCCACCAACAUGCUCUCCGGGGAUAGUGGCCCAGGGACGGGACUGAAGGAUUUAGUUCCCCUCCCGACGAGCACACAUCCCGUCAGCGAUCCAGGGCGAAAAGAAGUAGCCAACACCCUCGCCGAUGGCCCGUCCCUCUCGCACGCCCUGGCCACAGAUGCCUAUGAGGUUCAAGAUGCCGCGCAGCAGGAUCACGAGAAGGAGGUUCUGGAUCUGGGAUGGAAUGAGAAAAAGCAGUACAUCGCUCAACCGCUGGUGGGACGGAUGGACAACGAGGAAUUAUGGCUUCUUAUCCGCCGGUUCAACAAGCAAAUGUACCACGUCAAGGCAGUCACCUAUCCGGUCCCGGGCGACCUAGACUUGAACAUCGCAGACGAGGAGGAGUUUUCACCGGACAAGCUACGAGCAACCAUCGAGAGGUUGUACAUGACCGUUAUCGUUGGGAUUCUUGCGGCUGUUAAGCACAUUGCCCGUCUCCGAUCAUGGCGAGAGACACAGAGAACCGCAUAUUUCUGCGCCGCAUACUUCACCGCGUGGCUAUUCGAUUUCAUUGUCCCGCUUCUCUGCGUCACUCUCAUUACACUCAUUGCAUAUCCACCUUCACGGACCCUCCUCUUCCCGCCGGCGCCGAUUGCACUGGUUGAUAGCAAGUCCGGCGGUGUUCAGAAACCAAAGGCCGGCGUCCUCGGCAGCCACGACAGUGCCACCGGGGCCCCGGAGAACCACAAGGGCGAGGCCGUAGAGCAAGAGGCCAGCAACUUCGUCAACGGCAUCGCGUCUGUGGCGCUGAGUAGUGCAACAGGUAAGCACCCUCAAGGCGACCCGGAGGCAGACGAGGAAGGGGCGCAAGAUGCGGUGCCAGAUCCUACUGCCAUUGCCGUCGGAGCAGCAGACGCCAAGGACAGGGCAGCAGGAGAGAAGACUGCCGCGAAACAUGACAAGACCAAGGUGCCCAUGGAAACUGCAAUGUGGACAAAGAUGAGACCAAUCAUGCACGGGAUCGCCGCGUUCACCGAUACCUGGGAACGGAUUGCAAAUGCUCUGUCGCCAACUCCCCCCUUUCCCGAGGACACUUACCGCCUGCGACUUGUUUCUCUGGUAAUGCCGCUUUUGGGGCUUUCCUUCUUCGUCACUUCAUACAUGUUUAUGAAGGGACUGACGCUUGCCGUCGGGUUCGGCUUCUUUGGCAACCCUGUCAUCUCUCGCGGACUCGACUGGCUCAACCGAACGAUUCCUAAUUGGCAGAAAUUGCUAGAGAUCAGAAACACCAUUCUCAAAGGCGUGCCAACCAAUGUCCAGCUCACAAUCACUCUCCUUCGACUAGCCGAGGCGAACAAAGCACCGCUUCCCCCACCCCCACGCGUCGACCAUGCACCACCAGAGAAGCCAGCCGAGCUGACCGACGAGCAUCUACGAGCCACGGGCGCCGAGCCACCCCUCAACGCCACAGACGCGGAACUGGACGAGGCAAUCCAUCACGAUCCCCAGACCGCCCACGAGACCGGCGGCGGCGACAUCGAUGCGUCGAAGAACGCAAAGCACGGCAAGCGCGCCAGCAAGAUCCUAGGCUUCUUCAAGGGCACGACCAAGGGGGCCGUCAAGGCCGCCAUCGGCACGGAUACGGCGCGGGCCAAGGCCGGCUCGCGCCCAGCCAAGGACCAUCUCGGCGUGGUGCCCCGUCGCGGCAGCGAUCUGACGUCCGGGCCGGUCGAGUUCAAGGCGCGAUACGGCGGUCGGAAGGGCCAUGUGUACAUCAGCACCAAGGCUACGAUCCCCAUGGUGGCGUUCAGCACCGACUCGACCAUUGAGAAGAUCGGCGAGCAGGAGCGGGAGGACUUGCAUGCACUGUGGAGUAUUGCGCUGGCGGAUAUCGUCGAGCUCAAGAAGUUUGGCGGGUAUGGGUGGAAGACGAAGCUGGUCGUUGGCUGGUCGCUGGGACGCGAGAUUGCCGAUGGACUGGAGAUCGUGGUGGCCAGUGGGGAGAGCUGGAGGAUCACAGCAUGCCCACUGAGAGACGAGCUGUUCAACCGGCUUGUGGCUAUGGGUGGGCAGAAAUGGGAAGCCUGGUGA